CCCUUUUAUUUCUUCAGAAUUGAGAAGAAACCAGAUUUUCCUACCUCUCAGCUCAAAAUCAUAAACCUCUCACAAAUUUAAAGCUCUAUUUCCAAUCUUCAAAAAAUCCAAAGCCUCAGCACCCAAAAAAAUGGCCUCCGUAGUUCCUCACUCCGUCGCCGACGACAGGGACCUCGACGACGCAGAUUUAUGGGCCGUAAUCGACUCCGCCGAUUUAUGGGCCCUAAUCGACUCCGCCUCCAAAUCCCCCAAUUUCCAAUCCCUAUCCCCAAUCUCAAACCCCUCGCCGCCAUCAAAGCUCUCUAAAUACCCUAAAACCCCAAACUCCAACCAUUCCGACACCUAAUCUAGGGUUUCGGCCCAAGGCGAGGCGAUUCAGGAACCCUGGGUUUAUCGCCCGCCGCGCAAGUUCGCAAGGACUUGUGCUUCGGAAGCUAACGAGACUAGUCCUCUUAUCGUGCUCAAAAACGUGCAGCGCACUCCGACCACUCCGGUGUAUUCAUCGCCGGAAGCGCAUUUGUCGCCGGAGAUUGGGAAGUUCAGUGUGAAGGAGCUUAGUCCUCGUUCGGAACGCUAUGGGCUGAGCGAGGAGAAGCAUAUGGUGCAUAGCUUGUCUGGGAGGUUCCCUUCAGUUUCGCUGUUUAAGGAGUAUCAGAAUACAGCUAUGGCGAUAUUGGAGAGAAGCGAUUACGUGAUGAUUUCUGGAAACCCUUUCAUAAAAAAAUCAGGGUGGAGGAAGAUAUCAUUCUACUUCAACCUUUCUUUUGAAAUCAGAGACAAGACUAUUGAAUUUGAUGAAAAUCGAAAUGUUCAGCGUGCUGAAUUUGUGGUUCGGGCAUACAUGCAGACCUGCUUGGAAUUGGAGAAUAUCAACCGGGUGCAAGCCAAGGCCAGAGAUGAGAAACAUCAAAUAAUCUGGUAAUCGUUAGGGUUUGAAAAGGAGAUGGAGGUGACACCUAUUCACUAACUACAAUGUACAUAAUGCAUCUUUUGGAUGAUAUGAUGCAUUAUGUUGAUGUUAUUUAGGGGGUCAGUAUAUAUCUUCAUUGUCAAAGCCUUGUUGACAAUGUAUUUUGUAACUUA